AUGACAGAAAAUAGAAAACGAUCUCGUGAGGAUGACGCUUGUGAAUUUAUGCCGCUAUCGAAAAGGAUAAACAACCUGCACAUAAAUAACAACCUGCACAUAAAUAACAACCUCACAAGUCCACCUGUUUCCCAAUCUGCGGAACGUAGUCAUAUUAAUGGAAUUGGACGGUACUUUGUUGUACCGUUAUACGGGCGCGUGGCCGUCCCUGAGCGCAGUGGCGAGAGUGCCGCGCGCGAGGGCCGCACAACCCCUCCUCUCGCGAUUUUCCUGUCGGUGGAGGAAGGAGUCGGGAGCGGGAGUGAUUUGGUGUUGUAUCGAAAGCGUAUGGAGGGGAUCCCGCAUCUUGGUGGGGAUGCGUAUCGCCGCGCG